AUGCAAGUGUACGAAGGCUUGCCGAUUAUAACCAACAAACAUCCUAUUUCUGAAAGACAAGGAGUAACACAUCAUGUUAUGAAUCAUGUUAAGUGGAACGAAGAUUAUUUCAUACACAGAUAUACACAAGAAGCCAACGCUGCUAUUGAUAAUAUACAUGCUAAAGGCAAGGUUCCAAUAAUCAUUGGUGGUACUCAUUAUUAUUUACAAAGUUUGCUAUUCAGAAAUAAAACAGUUGGGGAGAAGGAAGAUCCAAAGGCGCUAAGGAAACUUACGAAAGAAGAAGAAGAUCUACUCGACGGUCCGGUCGAGCCAAUUUUCAAUAGGUUGUGCGAGGUUGACCCUAUCAUAAGUAAAAAGUUCCACCCUCAGGACAAAAGGAAACUCCGGCGUGCACUUGAAAUCUACCUCACGUCAGGCAUGAAACCAAGUGAAUUGUACCGAGAGCAAAAACUCGACGAACUUGAGGACUCAUCCUUGAAAUACAAUACUCUACUCUUCUGGUUGUAUUGCGACCCAGAAAUCUUGAAAGAACGUCUUGAUAAAAGAGUAGACAUGAUGAUGGCUACGGGUGCCCUCGAUGAAAUCAAAGAAAUGGAAUCGUAUUAUCAAAAACAAGACCCUAGACCUGAUUGUACCAGAGGAAUCUGGCAAGUCAUUGGGUUUAAGGAGUUCUUGCCUUGGCUAGAGAAUGGUCGAUCCGAAGAAAAACUAUUUAAUGAAGGUGUGGAACGAAUGAAAAUAAGAACGCGACAAUAUGCCAAGUACCAAGUUAAAUGGAUAAAAAAAUUAUUGGGUGUGGAACUCAAUAAAGAGUCUCGCUUUGGUUUCAAGUAUGGAGGCAAAAUGUAUCUUCUCGACGCAUCUAAUCUUGACAACUGGAACUCAUAUGUUGGAGAGAGAGGAGUAAAGAUCGCCGAACAAUUCAUUACCAAUGGACCCUUAGGUGUAUCGGAACCACAAGCUACGGAGAACCUCAAAGAGUUGAUACCAACGCCUGAUUUCUAUGAGAAAUUUAAUAGCAACAAAACGGUGAAUUCUGCGUCUAAUUGGAAGCACAUGGAGUGCCCUGUUUGUGUUGAUGCGGACGGCAAACCGUUUGUCGCAGUAGGGGAAGAAAAUUGGAAAAUACAUGUUAAAAGCAGGCGUCAUAAGAAGAAGUUGAACUACAAUGAGAAGAAGAGAGUUCAUGAAGAACUAAUAGCAAAGUACAAAAAGCCUAAGGAUGACAUUGCAUGCGAUCAGGAAGCAUCAUCCUGA